AGAAGCGUGACCGUCUCCACCCUUUCCAGCCUGAGCUGCGGGAGGAAUAGCGGCGCGGGCCGACUCGGGAGCUUGGUCCCAGGAGCUGGCCGGCUGGCCGAGCCCUCCUUGGGGCGCACUGCGAGUCGUGCUUAGCUGCCCCUGGGCUCCUGGCCCAGCGUGCCCUCUCCCUUCUCACGCAGGUGCUUUCUGCUGAGGCAGGCUGCGGCUUCCGGGUCUCCCACCCAAAGCGUGGUCCCAGGGGCUCCCCGUGGAGCCUUGCGACUUCUGUCCCCGCCCUCCGUCUAGGCCACGGUGGCCCUUUAGACGUGAUGGGAGUCAGGUUUCCAACCUGCCUCCUAGGACAGGAUAGGCGCUGAUGCUGCCGAAGGAGACCGUGGAGAGGACGCAGACAGGAGUCGCCCGUUAGUGCGGGACUCUUUUAAGGCGCCACACCUGUUCAGAUGGAGAAGCGUGCUAGUCACCCUAACAGAAAAGCCAAAGAGGAAAGUAAUGCUGUGCCUCUUUGUCGAGCCAAACCCUCCCCUAGCUUUAUUAAUCUUCAAGCAAGUUCCCCACUGGCCACAUUCCUGAACGUCCGGACAGCAAAGCUGCCCUCAGGAUCUCUUCUGUGCCCCUUGCACCUCUGUUCCUCUCCCUUCAGGAGUCGACCCCAAGCCCAAGGAAUGCCUGGGACUUCUGGAACGUAUGUAUGCCAAUCUCCAUCUUCAGACCCAGCUCGCCCAACAACAGAUGGCUAUUUUGGAAAAUUUACAAGCAUCUGUGACACAUCUGGCUCCUGGGAGGGGAAGAAAGAACUCUGCCCUCCCGGCCUUACCCCGUAAUCUGUUGCAAAAUCGCUUGCCCCCAUCCAGUAAAUGACUUGUGGAACAAA